AUGGCGCAUAAAGGUGGUUUCGAAGCACUAAACAGAACUCUAAAAGAUAUCAGAGGGAACGAUGACAUGAUGGGUGGAGUCGCCGUGUUGUUAGCUGGAGACUUCCGUCAGACUCUGCCGAUAGUGUCGAGCGGAACUCGAUCUGACGAAGUUAAGGCUUGCAUUAAGGCCUCAAAUCUUUGGCCCUUAGUCAAAAAACUCUACCUUAAUAUAAACAUGCGAGUGUACUUGAAGGGCGAUGUUUGCGCUGGACAAUUCUCCGAUCUCCUCUUUAAAAUAGGAAACGGAGAAUAUCCGGAAACUGAGGGCAAAAUUACAAUUCCACCAGAUCUUGCCUUAGUUGUGUCGACAGUUGACGACCUAAUAACCCGAAUAUAUCCAGUUGUCCACAACUUACACAGCAAAUCCACAGAGUGGCUGUGCGAACGUGCGAUUCUCACACCUAAGAACGAUCAGGCUUCCGUUAUUAAUGAGACUUUGUUGAAGUCGUUCGAAGGUGAAGAAUAUCAGUACAAAUCUGUGGACACUGUUGUGCAUACGGAUGAUGCUAUACACUAUCCUGUGGAGUUCCUAAACACACUCAACCCACCUGGUCUACCGUCUCACACACUUAUCCUCAAAGUGGGAGUUCCAGUAAUGCUACUGAGAAAUCUCAAUCCGCCUAAGCUGUGCAAUGGGACCAGGUUGCAUGUAAAAGCCUUACAUGAAAACGUGGUAGAGGCCAUUAUAUUUACUGGCUCUGCUCGAGGUGAAUCGGUGUAUAUACCGCGGAUACGAGUACCACUUAUACCAACGGAGUACCCAUUCCAGUUUAAAAGAUCGCAAUUCCCCCUUAAGGGGGAUUGCUUCUCGCACGGCCAGUUUUACGUGGCCUGCUCGAGAGUGAGCUCAUCUAACAACUUGGUCGUGUUAGCAUCUGAAGGCAGAACCUCUAAUGUAGUAUAUAAAGAAGUACUUUUAGCAUAG